AUGCAGACCCUGGAGGAAGCUGAACUCUGCUUUCCACAACUCCUCAACAUUUCCUGCAAGAAGCACAUUCGCCCUCAGGCUGAGGCAAUGUUCAUUUAUGUUGUGCUGUCCUCCAUCUCUCUGCUCACUGCGGCUCUCAACCUGCUGGUCAUCAUCUCCAUCUCCCACUUCAGGCAGCUCCACACCCCCACCAACCUCCUCCUCCUCUCUCUGGCUGUCUCAGACUUCCUCCAGGGCCUCCUUUUGAUGCCGUUUCAAAUCCUCUUAACAGAGCCCUGCUGGCUCCUGGGCGACCUGGUUUGUACUCUGUGUUAUCUUAUAAACUUCAUCAACGUCUCUUCCUCAGCCGUUACCAUGGUGCUCAUAUCAGUCGACCGUUACGUGGCUAUCUGUUACCCUUUGCAGUACCACACCAAAAUCACUACAAACAGAGUUCAAAUCUGUGUUUACCUGUGUUGGGGUUUUGCUGUUUUCUACAAUGUUUUCUUUUUAUAUGAUAACCUGAAACAACCAGGCAAGUUUAAUUCCUGCUAUGGAGAAUGUGUGAUUAACAUAAUAGGAGCUGUUGACAUUCUUUUCAGCUUCAUCAUUCCCAUCUCUGCUAUCAUCAUUCUGUAUAUGAGAGUGUUUGCAGUGGCUGUGUCUCAGGCUCGUGCCAUGCGCUCCCAUAUUAGAACAGUCACACUGCAACGUUCAGCGACUGUAACAGCUAGGAAAUCUGAGCUGAAAGCAGCCAGGAGUCUUGGUGUUGUUGUUGCCGUGUUUCUCAUGUGUUACUGUCCAUUUUACUGUGUGUAUCUCUCAGGCAAUGACCUCGUAAUCGGUUCUUCAUCUCAGCUUCUUAUGGUUUCUAUGUUACUUACUAACUCCUGUCUAAACCCUGUGCUCUACGCCUUUUUCUACCCCUGGUUUAGAAAAUCUGUUAAACUCAUUGUUACACUUGAGAUACUGCAGCCUCACUCCUGUGAAGCCAACAUACUGUAG